AUGAACGGAGCUCAGUUCACAGAUCGGGCAAACUCGGCCUUGUUGGACUCCAGCGCUUUGGCUGAACAAUAUGCCCACUCCCAGAUUCUGCCUCUCCAUUUGGCAGUCUCCCUCCUCAACCCUUCCCCGGACGAAUCCCAAGACCAGCAGCAACCAGCUGGUCACUCCUCACACGAUGCUGCCUCGACCCCGCUCUUCCGUCAGGUUGUGGAGCGCGCUCACGGCGACCCUCAACUCCUCGACCGGUCACUCAUGAAGCUGCUGGUCCGUCUACCAAGCCAGGACCCCCCACCAGAGACGGUCUCUGUCUCCCCACAACUCGCCAAAGUCAUCCGGUCGGCGACAGACUUGUCAAAGACGCAAAAGGACAGCUUCGUGGCCAUUGACCACCUGAUACAAGCGGUGUGCCAGAACUCGCAGGUUCAGCGUGCCUUGGCAGACGCCAACAUUCCCAACCUUAAACUCAUCGAUUCCGCCAUUCAGCAGAUCAGAGGUACCAAGCGCGUGGACUCCAAGACUGCCGACGCCGAGAGCGAAAAUGAGAACCUAAAGAAAUUCACCAUCGACAUGACAUCCUUAGCUCGGGAGGGUAAGAUCGACCCCGUCAUCGGACGUGAGGAAGAGAUUCGCCGUGUUAUCCGCAUCCUGAGCCGACGGACAAAGAACAACCCGGUUCUCAUCGGUGAGCCCGGUGUGGGUAAGACCACCAUCGUUGAGGGUCUAGCCCGCCGGAUUGUCAAUGCCGAUGUCCCUGCAAAUUUGACUCAGUGCCGACUGCUCUCUCUCGAUGUUGGUUCUCUGGUUGCUGGCAGCAAGUACCGUGGAGAGUUUGAGGAGCGUAUGAAGGGCGUUCUCAAGGAGAUUGAGGACUCCAAGGACACCAUUGUCCUCUUCGUCGACGAGAUCCACCUGCUCAUGGGUGCAGGAUCUAGCGGCGAGGGCGGCAUGGACGCUGCUAACCUCCUUAAGCCCAUGUUGGCCCGUGGCCAGCUGCACUGCAUUGGUGCCACUACUCUCGGCGAAUACCGCAAGUACAUUGAGAAGGACCAGGCGUUCGAGCGACGUUUCCAGCAGGUCCUGGUCAAGGAACCCUCCGUCUCGGAGACUAUCUCGAUUCUUCGUGGAUUGAAGGAAAAGUACGAGGUUCACCACGGUGUCAACAUCCUUGACGGCGCUAUCGUGGCUGCCGCAACUCUGGCUGCUCGCUAUCUUACAGCACGACGUCUUCCCGAUUCCGCCGUCGACCUGGUUGAUGAAGCCGCCGCUGCAGUUCGGGUUACCCGCGAGUCUGAACCCGAGGCUCUGGACACCCUCGAGAGAAAGGCCCGACAGCUUCAAAUUGAGAUUCAUGCCUUGGAACGUGAGCAGGACGAAGCUUCCAAGGCCCGGUUGGAAGCUGCCAAGCAGGAGGCCGCCAACGUUUCUGAAGAGCUGCGCCCCAUGCGCGAGAAGUACGAAAGCGAGAAGCAGCGCAGCAAGGAAGUUCAAGAUGCCAAGAUCAAGCUUGACUCUCUCAAGGUGAAGCGUGACGAGGCCGAGCGCUCUGGCGACACUCAAACGGCAGCCGAUCUCGAAUACUACGCCAUUCCCGAGACCAAGGCGCUCAUUGAACGUCUCGAAGCCGACCGCGCGAAGGCCGAUGCUGAACGUCGUGCUAACUCGGGUGAGGCUGGUGAGGCUUUGCUCGCAGACGCCGUUGGUCCUGAGCAAAUCAAUGAGAUCGUUGCCAGAUGGACCGGUAUCCCCGUCACUCGUCUCAAGACUACCGAGAAGGACAAGCUGCUCCAUAUGGAGAAGUACCUAAGCAAGGUUGUCAUCGGACAGAAGGAGGCUGUUACCUCUGUCUCCAACGCCAUCCGACUCCAGCGCUCCGGUCUGAGCAAUCCCAACUCGCCUCCCAGCUUCUUGUUCUGCGGUCCUUCGGGUACUGGUAAGACGCUUCUCAGCAAGGCCCUCGCUGAAUUCCUCUUCGACGACCCCAAGGCGAUGAUUCGCUUCGAUAUGUCUGAGUACCAAGAGCGACAUUCUCUCAGCCGAAUGAUUGGUGCUCCUCCUGGAUACGUCGGUCACGACGCUGGUGGCCAGCUGACUGAAAGUCUGCGCCGACGACCCUUCUCGAUCCUGCUCUUCGAUGAGGUUGAGAAGGCUGCCAAGGAAGUCCUGACCGUUCUCCUGCAACUCAUGGAUGACGGUCGCAUUACCGACGGCCAAGGCCGUAUUGUCGACGCGAAGAACUGCAUUGUCGUUAUGACCUCCAACCUUGGCGCUGAGUAUCUCACCCGCUCCAUCGACCGCGAAGGUCGCAUUGAGCCUCACGUCCGGGAACAGGUCAUGGGCGCGCUCCGCGACUACUUCCUGCCCGAGUUUCUCAACCGUAUCUCCAGCACGGUCAUCUUCAAUCGUCUCACCAAGCGGGAGAUUCGCAAGAUCGUUGAUCUCCGCCUAUCCGAGGUGCAGAAGCGUCUCGAGAACAACGGUCGGAACGUCCUUAUCCGCUGCACCGAGGAGGUCAAGGACUAUCUUGGUGCCGCUGGGUACUCUCCCGCCUACGGUGCUCGACCUCUUGGCCGCCUCAUUGAGCGCGAGGUUCUCAACCGCCUCGCCGUCCUCAUCCUGCGCGGCAGUAUUCGGGACGGUGAAGAGGCUCGCGUGGUCAUGACUGACGGGCGUGUUGAAGUUUUGCCAAACCACGGACUCGAGAGCGAAGAUGGCGAUUCGGAAAUGGUCGACUCGGACGAUGCACUUGCUGAGAUGGAUGAUGAGAGCGGCGACAUAGACUUGUAUGACGAGUAA